UGACGCGCCGCACCGCUCGUUGUCCCAGUGAGUAGUUAUUAGUUAUACAAGCCCCUUACCUAUGAACGAGCGAGACUGUCAGCAAAUAUAUAUAUAAUCCCAGGUGACGACGACCUCGAAUAAUUUGUUGUGUUUACUUGUUUCUAUACCGAAUUAUCCCUUAUAGCUUAUUAUGGGACGAUAGCCCAUAGUUUUGAUCGAUUGCCCUUUCUAUUCCGAAUACUGAGCAGCAGCUAUGUCUGAGACUGACGAGCUACAAUCUUGCUCCCCAACUUUGGAUCAAGAAGGCGCGGAGACCAUUCAGCAUCAUCAGUACUAUCCUGCUCCCGCUGAUGGCUUAAGCGCAGUCAGGAUAGAUAUACUGAGAGAAUUAGGAGACCACCAGACAGCUAAACAUGGACCGAGAUCUUUGCGCGAGUUUUGCUUGAAGGCUUGCUUUCUCAAUACUCCUAGGAUUACAGAUAUCGGGGAUGUACCAUAUAGGCUGAUUAAGGCGGUUUUACGACGGAUGGGACCUACGCAAUUGUUGGUGGUAGAACGCAAUAGCCCGCAUAUCGUUCCGCAAUCCAACGAGAUCUGGGACGAGCUACUCACGAGCUCGUUCUCCAGUGCAGAGCUGCAAGCCAUCGAUAAUAGCCGGGUUAAAGACUCCGAUGUUCGGAAAAAGUAUUUCAGACUCUUGGAAUCAAGGAAAAGAAGGCUGAAGCAGACAUCGGCCAAGAUCAAGGCUGAGUAUGACAGGAUUGCUGAGAAAAAGCAGAAGAUUGUGUCCUUGGAUGUUCAUGCCGAUCCGGAGAACAAAAGGAAGCGAAAGACCACCCAGCUACCUUCGUCUCCGGCUGCUCUCAAGAGAAUGAGUAUUGUGAAGAGGGCCAGGAUCGAGACCUUGUCGAACCAGGUUACUCCUACGAAUCACAAUCUACAUACCAAGUCAAUGCCAGAAGUUUAUCCUAUCAGCCAUGAAGAAGCCGAACGAAGGCGGGAACGAAAACUUUUGGAACGCAUGAAGGGUAAGCAUGGCAAUGUGGCUUCGAGUUCUCGAGAUGAUGAAGCACGCAUCAAAAGCGAGGAUGUCGACUUGCAUGUCAAAGCCGAAUGUAGUGAAACUACUUUGCAACCCGCCCCACUCACUGGAAAAUGUCAGAGCCGAGGUCCAGUACCCGGAAAGGAGCUCAAGGGUGACAAGACUCGCUUUAACAAUCCUAAGCCGGCAGUGGGGUCGCCGUUCAUACCGAAGGCAAGAAAAGGAAGUUUCCAGUGAAGCGUAUCGAGGGCGAGUAUUUUUUGGGACUGUGCUGCAUCAGACGGCUAGAUCGCUGGAGGUUUGGGAAAUAAGCUUUUGGUCUCCGAAGACCCUUCUUGAGAGCAUGGAGGCGUUACAAGGUUGUAUGCAGCUUUCUGGUUAUAGCUGCCAUGUAUUUGUGUAUAUAGUAAUUUCAUUUGUUGAAAGUCAUACGCUCUAGAACAGC